UCUCUAUAACACUUGCGCACCUAUCUUCGCGCAUCGUGUGUCGUGUCGUCUGUUUUUACGUGUUGGCUUGGUAUCGGACUUAAAAAAUGGAGUGAAUCUUUCCAAAAGUGUUAUCUUUAUUAUCUCGAUAAUAUAAGUUAAUUUUCUGCCAAGUCAUGGCUGAAUUGUUGUUGGAUCCAAAUAUUCGCGGCUGGGUUUUUUUACCCAUUGUCGUCAUAACCUUCCUGGUCGGAAUCGUUAGGCAUUAUGUUUCUAUUUUAAUUUCUUCUCAGAAAAAGGUGGAACUUCACCAGGUGCAAGACAGCCAAGUGAUGAUACGUUCAAGGCUGCUCCGAGAGAAUGGACAGUACAUUCCAAAAGCAUCAUUCCUUGCUAGGAGGCAUUUUUUUAAUAACGAGGAAACUGGAUAUUUCAAGACACAGAGAAGAGCACCAGUUUCACAAAAUCCUAUGAUGGAUCCCAGUAUGAUGAUUGACAUGUUGAAAGGAAAUGUUACAAAUGUUAUACCUAUGGUGCUUAUAGGAGGAUGGAUCAACUGGAUGUUUUCAGGAUUCGUAACAACUAAAGUACCAUUCCCAUUGACCCUACGUUUCAAACCUAUGUUGCAAAGAGGUGUAGAGCUUAUGACUUUAGAUGCAGCUUGGGUCUCUUCAGCCUCAUGGUAUUUCCUCAAUGUAUUUGGUCUACGAUCAAUUUACACUUUAGUCCUAGGAGAGAACAAUGCAGCUGAUUCAUCAAGACUCCUGCAGGAUCAAGUCUCAGGUGCAGCAAUGUCCAUGCCACCAGAUCCAAAAGCUGCUUUCAAGGCUGAAUGGGAAGCUCUUGAAAUUUGUGAACAUAAUUGGGCUUUGAAUGGUGUUGAUGCUGAUUUACUUGGAUUGAAAAUAAAAGGAGACAAUUCUGAAACCGCUUAUAUUCAAACCAGAGCCAGUUAGUUAAUUUUAAAUUUUAAUUUUAAUUUUAAAUUUAGGUUAUAAUUUAGACUAUAAUUUAGUCGAUUAAUGAUUGUUUGUGGAUGUAAUUGGAGGGUUUCUUCAAUCAUAUAUUUAAUACAAUUCACAAUUUUGAAUACUUUAUUUGUCUGCAAAGAACUAUAUAGCAUAAUAAUAUCCAAUUAUACGUUUGUGAAUUUUAUUUUGAUGUAUGGAAGACUUUUGAAAAUGUUGAUUACUUAUAUCUACUUGUAGUGCAAAACAUUGUAAUUACAAUUAAUACACUCUUAUUAA